AUGGGCUGCUUUCCCAUGAGCGGAAACCGACUGGGCUUCUCUCAAGUGGUCAAGAAGCCCAAGUUUGUCUACGUGGAAGGAAUCCGACUGUCCCCGACGUUCACGCAAGAAAACAUAAUAUUUUCCCUCAACUUCGAGCCGCUGGAUACAGACAUAAUCAUAGACUCGUAUCCCGGAUGCGGCAGCAGCUGGGUCGUUCAGAUCGUCUACCUGCUGCUGAACAACGCUCACCUGGGAAAGAUCUCGGAGUCACUGACUCGGGAGGUCUGCUACCUCGAAGCAGAAGGGACUGCCGUGGACACUUACCGGAGCCCGCGCAUCAUCAAGACACAUCUGCCGUUCGAUGGCAUCGCGUACACAGCUUCAGCCAAGUACAUCUACAUCGCCAGGAACGUGAAAGACUGCUGCGUGUCUAUCUAUCACAUCAUGAAGACCUUUCCGGACGACUACCAGUUCCAGAAUGGUACGUUCGAAGACCUCUUCGAGUGCUUCAUCCGCGGAGAGAUGGAAUACAACGAUUACUUCGACCAUCUGCUUCCCUGGUGGAGCUACAAGAACGAACCUAACAUCCUGUUUCUGGUCUACGAAACAAUGAAGAAAGAACCCAGGGAGCAUGUCCAGGUCAUCGCCAAGUUUUUGGGCGGGGUGGCUAGCGACUUUAUCAUGGAGCAGUCCAAGCUGCAGUCCGUCCUCCGAAUGUCCAACAUACUAUUCAUGAAGCUGAAGGCUAAAGAAUAUGCUUGUGUGAUGCCGAAGAGGAAGUUUUUUGUGAGGGAAGGAAUGAUCGGACAGUGGAAGAACUUCUUCACCGGAGAACAGUCCAGGAGGAUUGACAACAAGUUCUUCCAGAGGACUGUUGACACUCCUAUGAAUCUGCUCUGGAAAGGGAUGGGCGUGUUCGAUUGA